UACAUCAGCUGUUGGCUUUAGUUAGCCAUGGACAGCUGGGCAGGUAAGGUAGCUGUAGUGACAGGAGCUAGCUCUGGUAUAGGGGCAGCCAUUGCCAGGACUCUGGUCCACCAUGGACUCAAAGUUGUGGGUCUGGCUAGAAGAGUGGACAAGGUUCAGCAACUGGCUGAAGAGCUGUCCACCUCUGGAGAACCAGGACAGCUGUACGCUCGGCAAGUAGACCUCAGGAGUGAAGAUGCGAUCUUGGAGGCGUUUGCUUGGGUUGAAUCUCUAGGGGGGGCUGACAUCCUUGUCAACAAUGCUGGCAUCUUCUACGAGAGUAGCAUGUCAGAGGGCGAGACAGAUCGGUGGCGAGCCAUGUUCGAUGUGAACGUUCUUGCUGUCUCAUUCUGUACCCGAGAAUACCUGAGGUCAAUGGAGAAGAGGGGCAACCAGAGGGGACAUAUUUUUAUGAUCAACAGUGUUGCAGGUCAUCUUACAGAAUACCCAAAACUCCAAAUGUACGUAGCGACCAAACACGCAGUCAAAGGCAUGACCAUGUGCCUACGACGUGAGCUGGCUGACAAGAAGAGCACAAUCAAAGUUACUAGCAUAAGUCCUGGACCAGUGGAAACAGAAAUAUUCAAUGGAACUCAGUGGGAAGGGCUGGAGAACAAGAUCCCUAUAUUGAAGAGUAAGGAUGUGGCCAAAGUGGUUGAAGAUUCUCUCUCCGCUUCUUCUGUCGCCCAGAUUUGCGAAGUUGUGAUGACUCCAAUACCCACAGAUUUGGGAGUUUUCUAACCUCUGGCUUGUAUUAUUCAUCUACUGUAGAACCCUUAGAAGAAUGAAUGUGGAACACCUGUAUAAACAUUAUAAAGUUCUUUUCCAUCCAGGAUCCAGCAAUAACAGUUAUCAUGGUUUCGGUUCUUGGUUAAAUCCUGAAUAUGCUAGUGAAGAAAGCAAUUUGUUAUAGUAUAUGCUUGCUUAAACUCUUUUAAGUAAUAAGCCCCUUUUCAAUAUUAUAAUGAAAUCAUAAUAAAUAUUACACUCUCUCAUUUAAUUGUAGAAGCUCUGUAGCUUUUUACUUGCUUUGAGGUACCUAUGUAAUAACGUUGAUCAAGCAUCCUAAACAGUUUAAGAGAAUGUUGUAAUCCUUAUCAAAUAAUUGUAUGUGACAAAUUUAUUGACUGGAAAACUGAUCUUUAUUGCGGGGUAUUAAUCUUAUUAAAAUUUGUUAAAAUGUGAAUUUGAUAUAUUAUUCUUUUUACUUUUGAAUUUUCAACAUGCAUUGUUUAUGUUUAAGAAGUGGGACAUAUCAAAUGUUUUUGAGUGAAUAAAAUAAUAUUUUUCGACUCUUAUAAAUUACAAAAUGAAUAAUGCUUGCCAUUGACUAGUAUACUGAAAAACACAUCCCAUUUAUAUGGACUAAUUACAAUUUACAACCAGUUCUCUAGACUCAAGAAGAAUUAUUUUACUUAAUUACCUUUUAUAAUCAAAUGUGUUAUAUUGUAGUUUAUUCCCCUUUUUUAAUUUUAAUGUUCAAAUAGUUAUGCAAAAAAAUAUUAUAUACAAGAAGCCCUUUCGGGUUGGCUUGGUUAAUAAGUUGGUGUGUGUGGGAAACACGGUAUUUUACAUUGCACAUUUUGUCAAUGCUGGGUCAGUUAAUUUUAAAUGAUAUUAUGAAUGAAAUAUGUUACUUCAGGUACUAAAUAGGUACUACUAAAUCUCUGACCGAAACAUACAUUUACCAUCACAAUUUUUUACUAAUUGUGAUGUAAAAUGUCUGCAAUAAUCCUUGAAAAAACAUAAAAAACUCACCUUCGCCAAAAACUAACUUCAAACAAGCUAUUUUUACAAACAAAAAAUUAUUUUUUUUUAACAGGCCAAACAAUUUUUAUAGAACCGUACCGGGUACCAUUAACAUUAAAUUUUAGACAAAACAUAUCACGUGUGUUUUUCCUUGGUAUAACAAUUUAUUCAUAUACAGUAGUGUUAUAUCAAACAACCUUGUUUCUGACAUCAAACAGCAAGUCUGAUGAAAUACAAACAAAUUUUGGCACGAGACUUUAUUUUCAGUCGGCCUCGAAAUGUUUUCUGAUCGUAGUGAUUACAUGUAUAAAUAAAGUAAUAAAAUAUUAACCACCGCAUUCCAAGCUAAAUAUAAGUCUGGUUUAAUAAUCCUAUGCAGUAUUUGUUUACUUCAAGUUAAUUGAAGCAUUCAGCUGAUUGAUUUUAGUGAUAAGAAACAAUGUAUCUUUGGUCAUUUAAGAAAGAACCGCUCCUAACUUUUAUAGGAUGUUUCAUGUCUUCAUAUGAGCUUUGAAAAAUGUAGUGGUGAUUUCUAAGGACAGUUUAAGCUCUUGUUGUUUAUCCCUUAAUAUAAGUUUGACUUAGAUAAAUUAUAAAUGUUCCCUAAAACAUUCCAAUGCAUGGAUACUUAGUUUGACAUAAGUACUGCAUGGAAACAGAUUUGACAAAAAAUCUAUAAAUCAGUACCUACCUAAGUUAUCUGU